GUUGCCUUCCUGUGAGCGGCCAGACCUCUGCAGAGGCGUGUUGUAUCCUCUUUUGCCGUUGAGUGCCUCGCCUGCUGUCGGGCUGCGUCCAUCUGGCUUGUCGGAGGAGAUCUCUGAUCGGUGAGUGAGCAGCCAUUAGCGGGGACCAGAAGGCAUCCACGGGCAGCCCUGAUCUAUCACAUUUCGUGGCGUCUUUGAUUCUGCAGGUGAGCUGUGAGAUCUUCACCGGAGAGCAGUGCGGCAGCGGGACCAUUCAGCACCGAAGCGAAGGGAAGCCGAGCACUGACCAGGUCAGAAGAACGGCAAAGAGCAGUCGUGAGUCAUUUACUCGCCCCCGAUUUGGGGGCAGCCAUUGACGAGCACAACAGGUGAGAAGGGACAACGACAGCAGCCAUGGAACCACCCUGCACUCUGUGUGCGCGUGUUGGUCCUCGCAGCCGUGAAUCAUGGCGGACAGCACAGCCGAUGCCGCCAGCACCCCAGCUGACCAUCCCUCACCCCAGGCAGUGCUGGCCAAGGCGGGCAAGCUGUUUGAUGCCAUCGGCACGCAAGAGGCCUACGACAAAACAGUGCAGCAGCGAGGGUCGGAGGCGGUCGAGGCCGAGAUCACCGCCGUCAUGACCGACCUCUGCCACCUGAUGGCGUCGGCCAGUGAUCCGCAGCUUAAGCGUACUGACGUCAUACGGCAGCUGCUCCAGUUGCUGUGUGUCGAGCACAUGGAUGGCACAAUGGAUCGCAAGGCCGUCAAUGCGGAUGCGGUGCCUGUGUUGGUGGAGCAGCUGAGGUGCUCGGAGACGCAGGGACCAGCAGCAUGGGCCAUCAGCGUGCUCGCGAUGCGCAAUGGCGAUUUGGUGGUGGACGCGGGUGCCAUCCAGCCGCUCGUGCAGCUGGUGUCGUCAUCCGAUGACUACGUGCGCCUGGGGGCCAUCGGGGCGCUCGACAAGGUCGCGGCGGAAUCGGUGUCCCGUCGCGAUGCGGUGCUGGCCGCCGGCGUCCUGCAGCCGCUGCUGAAGGCGAUGCGGGAGAGCACCAGCGACGCCGACGUGCUGUACUUGGGUGCCGAGCUGCUGAUCAACCUGUGGAGCGUCCGGCCCCUCCCUGUCCCACUGGCCGAGUGUGCGCCCUUCCUGCCCGUCCUGGUCGGCCUCAUCAGCAAGCCUGAGCAGGACGACAGUGUGCUGCGAUCCGCACGAGGCGCCCUGGGGCACUUUGGGAUGUUGUCUAUCGAGGCUCACGGUCCGUUAGCAAACCUGAGGGCACAAAACACCAGCAUUGGCUGAUGGCUCACUGCGUAUUUCCGUCCUACACAGGCACCGACGCUGACCGUGACGCGUUGGUCGAGUGUGGCGCCACUGCAUCGAUUAAGGCGCUGCUGGAGUCGGCUGAGCCCCAAAUGAAAGGUGUCGCAUGUCUGCUGGUGAUGUUCCUGGCCGGAGGUAGGACAGGCACACACAUAGCCCAUGAAGCGCGUCAUGUGCAGAUUGUUACCUGCUGUGGAUCGGCUGCAGGCACCACUUCGCACCGACAGGCGGUCAUCGAUGGUGGACUCGUGCCUCUACUCGUCCGCGCGGCGGCCAGGGGAGAAACUCAUGUGCAGCAGAAGCAGACGGCAGCAAGAACCAUCGAGACAUUGUCGCCCGAGGAUCGCCGCAACAGGUAACUGACACGGCAGUCAGGCAGAUUGAUGUGUGUCGAUCAUUUGUUCAAAUGUGCAGGUCGAGUAUGUGGUUGAGUGUGGCGGCAUCCAGCCCCUCUGUGACCUGCUCGAUAGCGGCAACAACCAGAGCCACAACAUCUCCACAGGUGUCACGCUCACUGUGCUGCUACAGAUACUCAGGUAGGUCACACACACACACACACACACUCACACAUGUCCCUCUGACUUAGCUACCAGUUGUGUGUUGCCCUCGUGUGUGCAGUGCGGGUCGUCAGAAGGAGGCCAACGAGGGUCUCCCCGACAACCCCUACUGCGCACUACUAGAGCAGGUGAGUGAACAAGAUAGAGGAGGGAACCCGACACCGUGCGGCGGCUUCGCUCUUUCACGUGUGCAGGCCGGCGGUGUGGAUAAGGUGGCCGAGCUGCAGACACACAACCACAUGGGCAUCGCAACGCUGGUGACCACUAAUGCACCCAUGGGAACCAGGGACGCAGACACACAGUGUGGUGGGUCAGCAAAAGACGCCAAUCCACUCUGCGCCCUUUAUGCAGUCAAUUGGGAUUCUCGCCGCCCACUUCCCGGGUCGUGUCGACGCGCAGCGAUUGCAGGCCGUGCAGGCGGCCAUGCAGGCGGCGGGUCAGCAAGAGGGCGAUGGUGUCGACGAUGUGGACACCGACGCCAGCGGCGGUAGCGAUAGCGAUGGAGAGGAUGAUGCAGAGGGGGAUCCGGCGGGUCAGCUGGGGGGCGAUGGGGAGCAGGGAGGGAUAUAGACAACACAGUUGGGUCCUUUCGUGGUGCGUAGAUGCGUGAAUGUCUACUGUGUCUAUGAAUGUGUCCAGCUGCCCCGCCGGCCAAAAGGAGAGACGUGCACACGUGUGGGUUGCUGACUGACUGGGCGGGCAUAUCGCGUCCAAGUGGCCAGCCGGAUUCGCCCGAUGGCCGUGUGCACCUGCCCUUGUGUCACACACACACACCCGUCCCUACAUUCUUACAUGCAUAAAUACAUGACGCAUAGAAUCUCUGUCCAUAGCUCUCUAGCCGGCCGUGGGUGGACCUGUCGUGGGCGUUUUCCCGACGACCGAAUCCAUCCGCUGUCACCGCACCACACCCGUCUAUGGCCUAUCUGCAUGCCUCUCUCUGCCGUGCAGAUGAUGCUGCUCCUCUAUCUACUGGUUGACAGAUGUCUGCCUGCGUCCCUGCCUGAUGGAUUCAUUGAGGUGUGUGUAUUCCGUGGACGUGUUUGUGUGAGAGAGAGAAUGGGGGAGGCAAGCGGGCCUUCUGGAUGGAUGGAUGAAUGAUGUGUGAGUGAGGUUUUGACAUACAUACAUACACACAUACAUACACACACACACACAUGCAUACAUACAUACAUACACGUGUACAUACGUAUGAGUCGAUUAGACUCACUGAGACAGACAGCACUGUUGCAAUGGCACAUGCAACACGACUGCGUCUUGCUCGCCCUCCUUUUGUUGCACCGCUCGUGGAGAGGUAACUGCUGCAAGGGGGAAAUCUCUUGCAGCAGCGGCCUCGCCGACGGGCAGCGCAACACGGAGGAGGGACACAAUGCAGAAGGAAACAGGCGAAUAAUAUGAACUGUUCCGCGAAAG